ACGAGCAGGGCGGCGGCGACUCGCAGGGUACCAGCUUCAGGACAGAGAAGCUGCAGGACUCCCGGGGGCCACGGUCCUAAUUUGGGGAGCCGGACGUGCCUUGGCCAGGCAGAGGCUCAGCUGGUUCGUCCCAUCAGCCUGGAUUGGUGAAACUGAGCCAUUAAGAGAUAUUUCCAGGUUUGCUGGGAUGGGAAACCUGCUCAAAGUCCUUACCAGAGAAAUUGAAAACUAUCCACAUUUUUUCCUGGAUUUUGAAAAUGCCCAGCCUACAGAAGGAGAGAGAGAAAUCUGGAACCAGAUCAGCGCUGUCCUUCAGGAUUCUGAGAGCAUCCUCGCAGACCUGCAGGCGUACAAAGGCGCAGGGCCGGAGAUCCGAGACGCAAUUCAAAAUCCCAAUGAUAUUCAACUUCAAGAAAAAGCUUGGAACGCAGUGUGUCCUCUAGUUGUGAGGCUAAAGAGAUUUUACGAGUUUUCCAUAAGACUAGAAAAAGCUCUUCAGAGUUUAUUGGAAUCUCUGACCUGCCCGCCCUACACACCAACCCAACACCUGGAACGGGAGCAGGCCUUGGCAAAGGAGUUUGCGGAAAUUUUACAUUUCACCCUUCGAUUCGAUGAGCUAAAGAUGAGGAACCCGGCUAUUCAAAAUGACUUCAGCUACUACAGAAGAACAAUAAGUCGCAACCGCAUCAACAACAUGCACCUAGACAUUGAGAACGAAGUCAAUAACGAGAUGGCCAAUCGAAUGUCCCUCUUCUAUGCAGAAGCCACACCAAUGCUGAAAACCCUUAGCAAUGCCACAAUGCACUUUGUCUCCGAAAACAAAACCCUGCCAAUAGAGAACACCACAGACUGCCUCAGUACCAUGACAAGUGUCUGUAAAGUCAUGCUGGAGACUCCGGAGUACAGGAGUAGGUUUACAAGUGAGGAGACGCUGAUGUUCUGCAUGAGGGUUAUGGUGGGAGUCAUCAUCCUCUACGACCACGUCCACCCCGUUGGAGCUUUCUGCAAGACAUCCAAGAUUGACAUGAAAGGCUGCAUAAAGGUGUUGAAGGAACAGGCCCCAGACAGUGUGGAGGGGCUGCUGAAUGCCCUCAGGUUCACUACAAAGCACUUGAAUGAUGAAUCGACUUCCAAACAGAUUCGAGCGAUGCUUCAGUAGAGCUCUGCUCCAAGAAGAGGAUCUAUGUGCUGACCUCAGAAGAUGUAUAUGUUUACAUAAUUUAAUACAGAUUGAUGUUAAUACUUGCGUAUUUACAUAACCGUUUCCUUCUUGUCACUGAAAUAUAUGGACCUUAAUUUGUAUCCUGACUGACUCGACCCAGCAGAGCAUAAAUUGACUUGAGAGCCUUACCUUUGAUGUCUGAAACGAAACCCCCUUCUCCAAAGGCAAAAUUUGGAGACUUUGAUCUUUGCUACCGGAGUCCUUUAGUGACACCUGUAACAAUCAGAAAUUCCUAAUAGUU